AUGGCGGAACGCGUUCGAGUCUCUCUUCCCGCAGGAGCUCGCCAGGUCCAUGCACUGCCGCUGAGCGACCAUGAAGCUGCGGUGCUGCGCUGGACAGCCGUUGUCCUGGACGAGCGCACAGUGGAGCUUGAAGUUUGCGCGCAGCUUCAUUCAGAGGAGGGCGCCCAGCGGAUUCAACUGGCUCGAGCGGCCUGCGGUGGAACUUUCGUUGGCCGAUUUGUGCCGUGCGAAGAUCGCCGCUUAAAGGCCGUGAAAGCCAAGUCCAAGAUCCUGGACUCCGUGGUCUUCUUCUUCAGCAACGCUUCGAGCUGGUUUGCGCACAAAGAGGUGGAACUGAUCACGCUCUGGGAAGACCUGCCGUUCCAACAAGGCCGGAGCAUCUCACGGGAAGCGAAGGCAGUUGAGGAGUCCGCGGCAUGUCCGUUGGAUGCGUACCCGGACGGGGACGGCGACCAAGAGGACGAUUGGGGCUAUGACUGGGUUGAUGAAUCUGGUGAUACUGUUGAUGCAUCGCCGACCCCAUCGACAGAGGAGGAUGAAGAAACUGCGCGGAGAGCUCGUGCCCUUGCAAAGGCGCAGCGCUACGGCCAUGCAGUGUGA